AUGCCUCUUCGGCAAACCAGCCAAGAGGACCCUCACAGCAACCAGGCUAGCCGGAGCAGCGGCCCCGACCAGUUAGCCGACAACGGCAAGGGGGUGUCCCCAAUCAACGAGGUGGGACAAACGAAUGCGAAUGAGGCGCCCGAGGAAGCGAGGGCUCUAUGGGAGGCCCACCGUAGGCGCUUGCAGCUACAGCACGUCCACCGUAGCCGUGACCUCGCGGAAAGGACCAUACAGCGAAGCGCCAGAAGUCCUGUGUCACCUCCCUUAGACGCCGACACUUCGCUGAUAGGGCCUCUGUUGGCUCAACGGCAAGAGCGGAGGCGCCGCAAGGGAGGGGGGAGAGGAGGGCAACAGGGGUGGCUUGUAAGGGGCCGGCAAGGGCUGCAGGUUGGAGGGCAGCAUGGGCUGUUGGCGAGGGGGCAACAAGAGCUGCAAGAUGGAGGGCACCAGCUGCCGCAUAGCGGCGGGCAAGUGCAGCUACAGCGCGGAGGUACAGCGAGGGCUGCCAGCGUGGGGGCGGUAUCAGGAGCUGACGAAGAGGGAACAGCGGCUGUUGGAGAAAGGGCAGCAGUGGUCGAAGAGGUGGCAGAUGGGGCGGCGACCGCUGCACCAGACGGGGUUGCGACUGAAGUUAGGGACCGGGCUUUAGCACGGCCAGCAGGGGCGGUAGAGGCCACAGCUUGGGCAGAGGAGUCUGCUGCAGGAGCGGCAGAGACCGCAGACGGAGAGGCGUGGGCCGCAGGAGAGGCUGGCAGCGAGGGGGACGCUGCAGUCCCACCACAGCCCCAUGACGAGGUCCCCCCUGCCCACCCCCAUGCAGGCAGGAGCUUCAAUAGAGGGGCAGGAGGAAACAGCGAGGACAGGGAAUCCGGAGACCGCACCCAUCCACACCCCGCAUCUUUUAACCCACUCCCCCCCGAGAGCAUCCACCCUUUGCCCCCACCCUCACAAGCAUUCUCGCGAAUUAAGCGGGGCAGCCAAGGCCCGGGCUUUUCUAGAGGAGCCCUGCUCCCCGACUAUCAACUCCUAGCCAUCACUACCUCUCCUUCCACCAGGUCCGCCCUCACCGGGAGAUCUCUACUUCCCGCCCCCUCUGCCCAACCUGCUUUAGGCGACCCUCACAUGGGCUCAUCACCCAGCAAUCCCCCCCCAGAUGAACCCUCGCCUUUGCAGGCACAUGGUGGAGGUUUCCCCGGCGCAAUCCUUCCCCACCAACAUCUGGUUGCCGCUCAGGAUGACGCCCUCCCCACUGGGAUGGAGGUAGUUGGAGUUGGGGUUGACAGAAUGAUGAGGGAGGAUGAGGCUGCACUUAUCUCUCAUACCCCCCUUCCCACCACUGCGUGCAGCCCCACCCCGCCCGCAACAGCUCAGCUGAGAGGGCUGGAGGGUGAGUUGAGGCCGGUGCGACAACCACAUGCAACCCAGCCACAUGGGCCGGCGGUGCUUCACUCAUCUCUCGCUGGACCAGGUCACCCUCCCUCCCUUACAGACCUGGAGGCGUCGAAUCCCUCAUCGGGUUUGGGGGCGGCUGUAUCUGACUUGCUGGCGAUACAGAACACUGACAUACCCCUCCCUACUCCCACCCCCCCGGCCCCAGUGGUACACGCCCACGAAGCCCCCCUCAUGGACCUCCCUCUUGCAGCCCCCAUCCUGCAGGAACCGUUUCACCCUUCUCCGAUGGAGACCGAUACGAUCUUCAGACCGUGCGCCUCUGACGCAGAUGUAGGUGCACCACUCCUGCCUGCCUCUCCCCACCCAUCCCCAUCACCAGCCCCACCUAUCACCACGGCAGAUAGUUCCGAGGGCACGGCCACGGCCGACCCCACCGACACAGCGACGUCACCAGACGAGGUCGCACCAGGCCCUACUCUCCUCUUGGCGGCGGCACCGACGCUCCUACUGGCUCCGGCGACACCGCCAGAGCGUUCAAACACGGCCGCCAUUGCAGCGCGCAUCAUCCGUUUUGGACGAGGUGAGUGGGACGAGCUCAUCUCUGAGGCCCUACAUCGACGUACCCCCCUUCCUCUACGAGUAGCACGACACGCUCGCGCCACCACCUCCUCCCCCACACUGGAUGACCGUCGCAUUGCCCGCUGCCUGCGUCUGGCGGCUUGCAAUGAGACCUCGCGGGCCUGCACGGCCCUAGAGUCGGCAGAGGCGGCACCUGACACGGAGAGUACGAUGCAACGUCUGCGGAGCAAGCAUCCCAUCGCAGAGCGACCGACUCCAGAUUGGCUACCGACUUUCCAGGAUACUGCCCUUGUGCUCUCUAUAGAUCACCUCUGCCGCGCCAUCUUCACAGCCCCGCGCGGGUCGUCUGGAGGACCGACAGGCUGGGUUGCCGAGCAUCUUCGAGAUACUUUCCUUGCUUUUCCUGAGAGCCUCCCUAGCCUGCUCGCCGUGUACCAGCUUUGGCUGCGAGGCUACUGCGCCCCGGCAGCUCGGUCGCUAUUGGCAUCGUCCACACUGGUCGCUCUCGCGAAACCGAACCUGGAUGUGCGUCCUAUCGCGAUAGUUCUAGCUGAGGGCGAUGUCAAGCUAUGGUCAUACAAAGAUGUUACUUACGUCCUGGGCCCUCCUUCCAGGGUGCUACACCACUUUGCAGAGAUUGUGAGGCACUUGCGCGAGCUGGGCCUUGCGGUCCAGCCACACAAGUGUCUCGUCUACGGCAGGGAUUUUGUGACUUCCAGGGAGGUGGAGGCCUUCACGAGUCUGGGGAUUGAGGUCGUUCGCAGAGGACUCACCGUCACGGGAGUGCCGGUGGGCUCUGACGCUUUUGUGGAGAGGAGCCUACCUGAGCGUCUGGAGAGGAUGGGGCACGUGUUGCCGUGGCUUCCGAGACUGCGCCAGCCCCAGACAGCGGCCCGUCUACUUUCGGCAUGCGUCAGCACGCGACCGCAGUAUCUGGCGAGGACGGUCCCUCCGACCCCGGCUGUACGUGCCAGUUUUGCACGGUGGGAUGAGCGGUUGGGGGAGACCUUUCAGCAGCUUCUGGUGCCUGGGACUUGGACUUGCAUAGAGGACGUUCGUGAGGCUGCCCUGGACCAGAUCUACCUCCACAUACGUCUAGGGGGUUUUGGCAUCCGACGCAUGGAGCGUAUCGCCCCGGAGAGUUAUGCGUGCUCUUGGGUACAGUACGCGCCGAUCCUUUGCUCCCUCCCAGUGUGCGCCGCGAGCUUCCGACAGAGCUUCGCAUCGGAUGAUGUUGACCAGAUCGAUCGAUCACUGCGGACGGCGCUAGAGGGCCUCCCACGUGACAUCCUCUCUCUCUUCCCCCCCUGGCACUCUUGUGUCUCUGCUGCCCCUGAUUCUCUUUUCACAGGAGUGAGCCGCGUCUUGGAGGCGCGGGCCUUGGAGUCAGUCCGGGCCCGUCACACUAACCCCUUGCACCUUGCCCGUUUGACAUCCCUUCAGGGCGCAGGUGCAGGCGCGUGGUUGACGGCGGUGCCGUACGCAGACUCACUGCGCAUCCCAGAGGCGCAGUGGCAGGUGGCCUCAGCUUUCCGUCUCGGCCUCCCUAUCCCCAAAGUAGCCCUUGCAGGUCGGUUUUCUUGUGGGCAGGCGAUCGACGACAUGACGGUAUCUCACCACGUGGUGCGGUGCUCCCGCUUCGGCGUCGCCACCGUCAUCCACGACACCGUGAAAUACAUGCUUCGGGACUUUGCUUCUGAGGCAGGUUUCGCGGUGAAGGUGGAGGACACCACCUUGAUUCUGCACUUGGAGGCAGCUAGAGCGCGACUGCAGGGACUCUCGGGGACGGGGGACGGGGUACCGGGACAGUCACGGGCACCGUGGGGACAGCAGCAGCAGCAGGGUGGGCUCGGUCGAGGAGCUGGUGGGCAGGAGGGCCGAGAGGGGCAGGAUGGGCUGGCUAGUGGGGGAGAGGAGGGGGGACAGCAGCAGCAGCAGCAGCAACAGCAGCAGCUAGGCCAGCAGGGGCAGGAGGGGCAGACCCGUAGGGGUGAGGAGAGGGGACAGCAUGGACAGCAGCAGCAGGGCCAGCAGGGGCAGGAGGGGCUGGCUAGUGGGGGAGAGGAGAGUGGACAACAGCAGCAGCAACAGCAGGGCCAGGAGGGGCAGCGACAGCAGGUUUGUAGGGGAGAGGAGAGAGGGCAACAGCGGCAGCACCAGGAAGGUCAGCAGGGUCAACAGGGGCGACAGCAGGGGGGUCAGCAUGGGCACCGGCGUGUGGGUCAGCAGGGGCAGGCUGGCUGGGAGGAGGAGAGGAGACAGCAACAACAGCGACGACAGCAGGAGGGCCAGCAGGGGCAGGAGGGGCAGGCCAGUAUGGAAGAGGAGAGAGGACAGCAAGAGCAGCAGCAAGAGGGUCAGCAGGGGCAGCAGCAGGAAGGUCAACAGGGGCGACAGCAGGAGGGUCAGUGGGGCCAGGCUACUAGGGGAGAGGAGAGAGGACAGCAGCGGCAGCAACAGCAGCGGCAGCAGCAGCAGCUACAGCAGCAGCAGCAGCAGCAGCAGCAACAGCAGCAGCAGCAGCAGAAGCGGCAGCAACAGCAACAUCAUGGCCAGCAAUGGCAGGAGGGGCAGGUUGGUGGAGGAGAGGAGAGAGGACAGCACAGCUAG